AUGAGCGUCAUGUGCACGGGGCGUGUAUCAUGGCAGGUGAUUGCAUUGUCCCAGUUUGCGUUGGGGUCUAAAAAAUGGUCUCAUGUUGGCCUGGGGCCGUACCCAUAUCCAUAUCCCGUUCCGUAUCCGUAUCCGUACCGUAUCCGUACCCAACAUGUACCCGUACCCAUACCUUUGUACCCAUUCCCCCCAUACCUCAAACCCACACCCUCAGACCGCCCACGUCCACCUACCGCAAAACACCCAGCCCGCCCACCCACCUACCUAGCGCGCCACACCCUCAUCCGCCCACCCCCGCCCCCACCUACCGCCCACACCCUCAUCCGCCCACCUACCGCCCGCCACACACCCUCAUCCCGGCCAACCCUCAUCCCCCACCUACCGCUCACACCCUCAUCCGCCACACCCUUAUCCCGCCCACCUACGCCCACACCUCAUCCCGCCCACACCCUCAUCCGCCCACCCUACCGCCCACACCCUCAUCCCGCCCACACCCUCACCCCGCACCUACCCGGCACCCGCCACACGCCUCAUCCCGCCCACCCUCAUCACCGCCCACCUACCGCCCACACCCUCAUCCCGCCCAUCUUCGUUUCCCGAUACAAAUUCCAGUCAAGGGACAAGUGCCAGCUGCCUCUAAGAAUGACUGAAAAUAGCCCAGAACGGCCUAAGAAUUACUGGAGAUAUGCCAGAGCUUACAAACACUAA